CUCAGGACUCUGUUGAUAUUGCUGUUUCUUCUCGUCUCUGCUUCCUUCAAGCACAUUGCCAUCAGGAGGCAAGGCACUGCCCCUUUAAAUGCAUCCUUUUCCCCUCCUCCUCCUCCGCUGAUCGAUCCACCAUUUUCCCCCCAAAGCUUGUAAUCCCACCUGGAGGAAAAAAAAAAAAAAAAAAGAAGGCGGAUAUUUAUUUAUUUAUUUUUCUGGGGGGAAAGAAUUGAUCGUGGAUUUUGGAGCUGAAGAGAAAGGGGCGCCCCCCGGACUUGGACUAUAAAGUCGCCGGAGGUGGUGGGGGGGAGUCCUCCUCCUCCCUCCCUGCCUGCCAGCUAUGGCUGCGAACAUGUACAGGGUCGGAGAUUAUGUUUACUUUGAAAACUCUUCAAGCAACCCUUUCUUGAUAAGAAGAAUAGAAGAACUUAACAAGACUGCGAAUGGAAAUGUUGAAGCGAAGGUUGUGUGUUUCUAUAGGAGGAGGGAUAUCUCCAGCACUCUCAUUUCUUUGGCAGACAAGCAUGCAAGGGAAAUGGAAGAAGAAAUGGAGAACCCUGAGAUGGUGGAUUUACCUGAAAAAUUAAAGCACCAGUUAAGGCACAGAGAGCUGUUUCUGUCUAGACAGCUGGAGUCUUUACCAGCCACACACAUAAGGGGCAAAUGCAGCGUUACACUGCUAAAUGAAACAGAGUCCUUAAAAUCCUACUUGGAAAGAGAGGAUUUUUUCUUUUACUCCUUAGUGUAUGAUCCUCAGCAGAAAACAUUGUUGGCAGAUAAAGGAGAAAUACGUGUGGGCAACAGAUACCAAGCUGACAUUACAGAUCUGCUAGAAGAAGGCGUAGAAGAUGGUAGAGACCAAGCUUUCCUUGAGACAAAAGUUUGGGAGGCAAGCAACCCCCUUACAGAUAAACAGAUAGACCAGUUUUUAGUAGUAGCACGAUCUGUAGGUACUUUUGCCCGUGCGUUAGACUGCAGUAGCUCUGUGCGGCAACCAAGUCUACACAUGAGUGCAGCUGCGGCAUCUAGAGACAUCACGUUGUUCCACGCUAUGGACACAUUACACAAAAACUAUUACGAUAUAUCUAAAGCCAUUUCUGCCCUGGUACCACAAGGAGGUCCUGUGCUCUGCAGAGAUGAAAUGGAGGAGUGGUCCGCUUCAGAGGCAAAUCUGUUUGAAGAGGCUUUGGAGAAGUAUGGCAAGGAUUUUACAGACAUUCAGCAGGACUUUUUACCAUGGAAAUCGCUGACCAGCAUAAUAGAAUAUUACUAUAUGUGGAAAACAACGGACAGAUACGUGCAACAGAAACGGUUGAAAGCAGCUGAAGCCGAAAGCAAACUAAAACAAGUAUAUAUACCCAACUAUAACAAACCGAACCCAAACCAGAUAAGUGCAAAUAGUAUCAAACCUGCCGUGGUCAAUGGAACUGUGGUACAAACCCCGAACAUGAGUGGACGAGCCUGUGAGAGCUGCUACACAACGCAAUCUUACCAGUGGUAUUCCUGGGGUCCUCCAAAUAUGCAGUGUCGUCUAUGUGCAUUGUGCUGGGCAUACUGGAAAAAGUAUGGUGGAUUGAAGAUGCCAACCAGAUUGGAUGGGGAGAGGCCAGGUCCAAAUCGUAACAACAUGAGUCCACAUAGCUUGUCUAUGAGAGCCGGUGGAAGCCCAAAAUUUGCCAUGAAAACGCGCCAAGCAUUUUAUCUGCACACUACAAAGUUGACCAGGAUCGCGAGGCGACUAUGUCGGGAUAUUUUCCGUCCAAGUUAUGCUGCAAGACAUCCUUACAUGCCUAUCAACAGUGCUGCAAUCAAAGCCGAGUGUACAACAAGGCUUCCAGAAGCUUCUAAAUCUCCACUGAUGCUAAAACAGAUUGUCCGAAAACCUCUAGAACAAGUCUUGAGAUACAUAGAGGCGCAUCCCUGCACUCCCAAGCCAGAGUCCAUCAAGAAUAUUUCCACAAGCAUCAACAACGCCCUGACUCCAUCGAAAUCUUCUCCCGUCAUCAACAAUGGGUCUCCAACAAUCCUGGGCAAGCGCAGCUACGAGCAGCAUAAUGGUAUGGACGGCAACAUGAAGAAGCGCCUGCUGAUGCCUAGCAGGGGUAUUCCUAACCAUGGACAAACCAGACAAAUGGGACCAAACCGAAACUUACUGCUCAAUGGGAAAUCCUACCCAGCAAAGGUCAGAUUAAUCCGAGGUGGUUGUCUGCCUCCAGUCAAGAGGAGGCAGAUGAACUGGAUUGAUGCGCCUGAUGAUGUUUUUUAUAUGGCGACAGAAGAUACAAGGAAAGCCCGCAAACUUCUCUCGUCCUCUGAAACCAAGCGAGCUGCCAGACGGCCUUACCGACACAUAGUCAUCUGCCAGUCUCAAGUGGGACUUCCGGUGCGACACCCUGUCAACGACGAACCAAUUGUUAUCGAGGACUGAUCUCCACCAGAAGUUUCUUCUCCGAACAAUACUUGACUUUUACACUAUGAGGAAAUGAAAACUUUUGCAGCUGUUUGCAUCUUUUAAAGGAUUCCAUGCUUUGUACAAGCAUUUAAAUCUAAAGACUUGUUACCCUUUGGUCAAUUUUUGUUAACCAGUCAUUCCCUCAAUUUCCUUUAAAUGUGUAGAUUAUGCAUUUGAUUUUAUUUUUAUUUUCUUUAUUUGGCGUCGAAGUGACUGUGUUUUUUUUGCCGACUGAAACGGGAACGCAAGUCGUUAAAGGGACAUUUGGGCAGAUCUUGUUUAGUGUUUAAUUUCAAUUGAAAUUAAAGAUAGGAAAAAAAAACUUUGUACACUUGAAAUAAUGUAUCAUUGCUGAUGCCUUUCUUUCUACAAGAUGUGUCAUUUUACUUUUUGAAAGUGCCAUUUAUUGUUUUUUUUUUGUUUUUUAUUGCAGUUAUAGACUGAAUGACAACAACUCUGUAACUUAUGGGAUUUCAUUUUGAGGUCUGACAAGACAUAAAUGUGCUUCUUGUGACAUGCGUUUAAAGUAAAAAAAAAAAAAGAAAUUAAAAUGUUUCCAUAUGUAAUCCAUUCAUUUUUGCAAUGAACUUAAUAGAUUUACACAGAAACUAUCACGGUAAGGUUUUUUACAGUAUGCCUAUUUUUAUUUCAACCUUAAGGGGGUUCUCCAAGAAUAGGAACCAUGGGCAUGGUGUGAUAUAAAACAAAACAACUCGUCUGUUCUGAGUGUUUCGCGUCCAGAGCCAAGCUGUCGCUGCUGCUACUGGUUCCAUCCGCGGGGCCAUCGGUGACCUCAGAGGAGCAGCACGUGAUUGAGAUAGUAAGAAGAACAACUAGUGACUCCAGCAUCUCCACCAAGCCAUUCCAUAUUGAUCUACUCCAGGUUCUACCAGCUUUAGUAUAUAGCCGAAACCUUGCAAGUUUUAUCUGUAGAACAUGGAGUAGAUCAGUAAGGAAUGGCUUGGAGCAGAUGCUGGAGUCACAAGUCGUUCUUCUUACUAUUGGGAUUAGCUGGUGAGAAUCCAUCGGCAGAUGCUCUGUUGCUUCUAUAACUACCACGGGUGAGAGACAUUGAUAUAUA